AUGGCUCUCAAAAGAAGAACAACCGCCAGGUUAGCUGCUGCUCAUCCUAAGUUGAAAGCUAUGGAACAAAAAGCUCAUACCAAUGCUGUUCAAACAUAUAUACCUGAUAUUCUUAAGCAUUUAACAGAACUUGAAUCUACAACCAAAAUGAAUCCCCAAAUGAUACAAUCACAACCUCAAAUUACUGUUGCAAUGAGACCAAUCUUAUUUGACUUUUUGAUGGAUGUUCAUAACAGAUUAAAGUUAUCAAGUCAAACGUUCUUCCUUACCAUAAAUAUCAUUGAUAGAUAUUGUUCAUUGAGAAUUGUUAGAAAAGAUCAUUAUCAAUUAUUAGGAUUAACCGCAUUGUGGUUAGCUUCAAAAUAUUGUGAUUCUAAAAACAAGAUCCCUUCAAUUGAGUUCCUUAGAGCAACAUGUUGUCAUUGUUAUUCCAAAAACUUAUUUGUUGAAAUGGAAUCUCAUAUCUUAAAAUCAUUAGAAUGGAACGUUGGUUCAUCAACUCAUGAUGCAUUUAUUGAUUUACUUUUGAAAGAAAACGCACUUGAUUUUAAACCAGAAAGAGUUAAUGAUAUUAAAUAUGGUGCUAAUUACUUAUCUCAAUUAAGUCAGUUCUCCACUAGAAUCACUUUCAACUAUUCAACAUCAAUGAUUUCAAUUGCAUCUGUUUUAAUCAUGACCAAUUCAUUAUCACUUUUGAAUGACAAUCAAUUUGUUCAUUUCAAUACUCAAACAGGCAACAGUUUCAAAUUAAACAAAUUAUGUGCUUUAAUAUUAAGUGUGAUUAGAGAAAAUCCACUACCAGCAUCAAUUGAUAACAAGUUUUUCAAAUCAAACAACGAUAAUACUACCUUAGAUUCAAUCGUUGCAUAUGCUAAUGAAUUUAGAAGUCAUUCACAAUUCUUUUCCCCGUCAACACCUUUAUAUAAUACACCAAUGGCUUCAAGAACAUCAUCAACAUCAUCUCAAUCAUCAAAUGCAUCAAGUCUUUUGUCCAAAUCAUCAGCUGCUUCCAGUUUAAUGACACCACCAACAUCAUGUACUGCAUCACCAAUUGAAUUCAAUGCUGGUCAAAACAAUUCAAUUGACCAACAAAAAGCUGCUAUUUUACCUUUACAAGAUUUGAAAAUUCAAUGUCUUCCAACUUUCUCCUCAAAUUAUACAACCACUCCACAACAUGUGCAAUUACAAGAUAUAGAGAGAAAGAGAACCAAUUCUUGGGGUUCCGAAGAUCAAGUUAAAAGAUUUUUAUCUCAAGAUAAUUUGGCAUCUAAUUGA